UUGGACUCGGGGAAAGGAGAGAAGAGAGAGAGAGAGAGAGAGAAAGAGAGAGAGAGAGAGAGAGAUGGAGGACUGAAUGGAGGAGUAAUAUUACUACUACUGCAUGGAACGGUGCAGAGCAGCAGCAGCAGCAGCAAGAGCGCGCAACCAAACCAAAAAAAGAGGAGCUGACGCGCAGAUGUCACUUCAUGGACAGAAAAUUCCUCUCAGAAAUUAAAGGACAGCUUCUGCUCAACAAGUAGGGUAGCUAUUUUAGGGCUGCCACUUUGCGUUGCGCUUCAUUUUUUUGCCUCCGGAGUUUGUUACUCUUAACUCACCUUGCAGCCACAUUUUGGAACAGGACUCACUAAAACGAUGCCACAAUGGUCAGGUAAAAAGAAGCAGGAGAUCGUCUAGUAGUAAGGAUAGUUUGGGGCGAAAUGGGAUGCCAGUGAUGUAUUGGUAUAUUUAAGAUCAAAUUUGUUCCUGCAUCCCCAUUUUUCCUCAUGAAUACUUGCGUUAUGGUUCCAAUAUAUUUGUGCAGACAGGAGGGAGAGCGUCGUUUCUUUAUGUCCGCGCAAAGUGCAGGAGUGUAGAGACUCACCGCAGCUGCAGCAAGGAAAACAUUUAACCUGGCUCCUUAUCUGAUUGUUGUUUUUCUCUUUCUUGCGUGGGCUUGUCAUCAGUUUUAAAUAUCUAGGGUAUUUUAAACAUUUAAAUUAAUCAUGUACACAAUAUAUUAUAGGUUACCAUGAAUAAUCUCAACAUGGAAAAUGCCUUAUGAGAAAGUUUGAAUGUGAAUUUCUUUUUUAAAUUUAUUUUAUAUAAAUUUGAUUUUAAUGCACUGAUAAAUUACUACAUCAAAUUAAUUUAAACGAAAAAAUCUAAACUACAGCUGUAUUAAGACAUUUAUACAGAUUAUCGCAGUUUAGUGUGAGACCUCUUGCUGCUUAUCUAUACAGAGGUUGAAGCAUUUCUUUUUUUUAUUCAAAACCACAAAGCUGACGAAAUACUUUCCCUCAACCUGACAAGAUGUUGCUGAUCAGGUUAUUGGCUAUCUUCCUGGUCCUCAUCACAAACACUUGGACGUCCAGCCCGGUGCGCCCGGACUCCCAGGGCCGGUACAAGCGCUCCCUGGCCCGGCGGGCGGACAGAGAGCUCUCCUCACAGGCAGGUGAACCGUGCGCCGUCUCCGGCGUACGCCGGUCGCAGCGCCAGCCCCGCGCCCCGUCCCCGGCCCGACACCGCCCCCCCGCGGCCGACGCGGGGACGACCAUCAGCCGGGGAGCGCCUGGGAAGAGCGCUGCUGCAGCUGCAGCUGGAGCGCGCUGCGCCGGAGCCGGAGCCUGCGGGGUCGCCGCGGCGGCAGCGGCGGGGACCGGGACGGGGAGCGCGCAGGGCGGCCGGAGCCGCGGCGGAGGAGCCGCACCGACACCGGGGGACCGACACGUCCCCUUACACCUCAACGGGAGAGGCUCGGGAGACAAUAAGAGACAUGCAAACAAUGACGGCACAGGCGCCGGCGAGCGUCCUCAGAUGCCUCCGCCGGCAAACCCUGCAGACGGGGCGGCUGCGGGGCGCGGGGGGGCCCGGGGGGCCCCUGGGGCCCCUCGCUCCCCCCGGCUGGUGCGGAGCCUCCGCGGGAAGCCUCGCUCUGCGGGGAACUCCAGCUCCAAGCAGGCGGCCCCCGACGGCUCCACGGCCCCCACGGGGCUCCACGGACGCAACAACCGGUCCUCCACGGAGGACUACUCCGGGGAGCUGCUGGAGGAGGCGGACGCCCCCGCCAGCCUGCCCGAGCACGGCUGGGGGAGCCCCCCGCCCAGGGUGCCCCCCUCCUGGAUGAGCGCCCUGUACUUCGGCCGGCGCCGGGAGCACCUCCGGGUGAAGCUGCCCGCGGGAGCGGAGCUGCCCCGGGCCAAGUUCAGCCUGGAGCUGUGGGUGAGGCCGGAGGGCGGGCAGAGCAACCCCGCGGUCAUAGCAGGUGUAUUUGACAACUGUUCCCAUGCACCCAGUGAGAAGGGUUGGUCAGUCGGCAUUCGCACCGACGAACCAGCAGGCACCAAAGACGCACGGUUUUACUUCACACUUCGUACAGACCGAGCCGUGAAAUCCACCUCCGUCUACAGCCACCAACGGUACCGCGCCAAUGUCUGGACGCAUUUAAUGGCCACGUACAACGGACACAACAUGACACUGUAUGUUGAUGGAGCUAAGGUGGGAGAAAGUGGUCUCCAGUUAGGGGAUCUCUACAGUCCCUUCAUGAGAACCUGCAGGACCCUGUUUCUGGGCAGUAAAUAUGAUCAAGGGCUCAGCUUCAGGGGCCACAUUGGAGGGGUGGUGCUCUGGGACUACGCCCGCUCCCACAAGGACCUGCUCACACGACCACUUCAGGCCGACGCAAGCGAGCCAGUCCUGUCCAUGUGGGCCGAUUUCACUAAUGUGGAGAGGUUAUGGACUCCGUAUAAAGUUGGCUUCCACCCAUUAGUCAUCACCACUCCUGUCCCCGAACAAGAACUCGUAUCCUCUUUUCUGCCACCACCCUGUGGUGUGACAUCAUGCGACAACACGGACGUCAUCUUUGGCUACAACAGCAACUGGCAGCUCCGCACGCGCAAGCGAAUUCGGUACCGCAUCAUCAACCUCUCCGACGAGGACGGUGGAAACCCCACUGUGACGCCGGCCGAGAUUCAGGCCCAGCACAAGGCUCUCAACGAGGCCUUCCGACCUUACAACAUCACCUUCGAUCUGAGCGUCCACACUGUCAGAAACUCCAGCCUUCGACAGAGGUUUAUCCUCAGCAACUGUCGAAUCGGUAAGAUUGGGAACAGGCAAUGCGACCCUGAGUGCGACCACCCGAGGACGGGCCACGAUGGAGGGGACUGCCGCCGGCUCGGGACCUGCUACAACUGGAAGAGGCAGGAUGGGGUUUGUCACGCGGAGUGCAACAGCAUACACUACGACUACGAUGACGGUGACUGUUGUGAUCCAGAAGCUACAGAUGUCCUCAAGACCUGCUUUGACCCUGAAUCUCCUGACAGGGCUUACAUGAGUGUGAAAGAGUUAAAGGAGGAAUUAAACCUGAGCGGAACAAACACACUCAAUGUUUUCUUUGCCAGCAACUCAAUGCGAGAAGAGUUGGCGGGGGCUGCAACCUGGCCGUGGGCAAAGGAGGCUCUUACGCACCAAGGUGGGAUGGUUCUGAACCCGUCAUACUUUGGUACGAAGGGCCACCACAACACAAUGAUCCAUGAAAUGGGACACAUUUUUGGAUUGUACCACGUCUUCAAGGGGGUUAGUGAGCGGGACUCCUGUGACGACCCAUGUCAGGAGAUUACCCCGUCUAUGGAGACAGGAGAUCUGUGUGCUGACACCGCCCCGACACCUAAAUCUAAAGCCUGCCACGACCCGGGAGCUGUUAACGAUACGUGCGGAUUCACCACCUACCAGAAUACCCCGUACAGCAAUUACAUGAGCUACACAGAUGACAACUGUACCAACCACUUCACCCCGAAUCAAGUUGCCAGGAUGCACUGUUACGUAGACUUGGUCUACCAGAAGUGGCUGAUGGAUCGUCAACCUGCCGCUGUUCCUCUCGCUCCCAUAGUGACUGACCAGAACACAAACUCUGUCUCCAUGUACUGGCUCCCACCCAUGAGAGGGCCUCUGUAUCAAAGCUCUUCCUUUCAUGUGUCUGGCAUUAAUUGCGGAGACUGUGAGAAAGAUGGGGUUUUCCACCAACAUGCCUACGAGGCAUCCUCACCUCGCAUCUGCGACACAUCGGGUUACUGGACACCCGAGGAGGCAGUUGGGCCGCCUGAUGUGGAGCAGCCGUGUGAACCCAGUCUGCAGGCCUGGAGUCCUGAGCUCAGCCUGUACGACACCAACGUGACGUCGCCGUGUCCUGAGACGGAGGGGUGCACGCUCACGCUGAGAUUCCUGCACCCUGUUAUUCCACACGUACUUACGCUCUGGGUCACCUACAUCUCCUCAAACAACCCAGCCAUAGCCAACAUCGAGCUGAUUACAGAGGCGGGGAAAAGCAUCACCCUCGGUCCACAGCACGUCUUCUGUGACAUGCCCCUCACCAUGCGUCUCGACACCCACAAAGCUGCCAUAGCCGCUGUAAAACUCAGCACCUUUGAUGAGAAAAUGGAGAUUGAUGCAGUCAUGUUGUCUUCGGGCCCUGGCAGCUCUCUCUGCUCCGGGUGCCAACCUCUGCUGUACCGAGUUCAGCGCCAGCCACCUUUCACCGGCCGGUCCCCCUCGCCGCAGACCCUGCAGACUUUCACUGACAGCUCUGUUAAACAGGGAGUCAAGUACCAAUAUACAGUCCAGGUGGAAGCAGCCGGUCUCCUCAGCAAUCAUUCUCCACCUCUUUUCUAUAAACAUGGACAGCCCUACUGUGGAGAUGGUCUCAUUCAGGGGACAGAGGAGUGUGAUGACAGUAACCUCUUGGAUGGUGACGGAUGCUCUAAGAAGUGCCAUAAGGAGGUGGAUUUCAAUUGUGUCGGUGAACCUAGCCAGUGCUAUGUAUUUGACGGUGAUGGUGUGUGCGAGGAGUUUGAGCAGGGCUCCAGCGUUCAGGACUGCGGUUACUUCACACCCGUGGGCUACACGGAUCAGUGGGCGUCCACCGCCACCGCCUCUCACCAGGACCCCAAGCUCUGUCCUGCCCACGCUGUCACGGGGGAGCCGGCACUGACCAAGCUUUGCAGAUACCAAUACCUGGAGUUAAGUGAGAGGUUGCCGAAUGAUGUCUGGUUCCCUUGCACAGCCCGAUCUGACACGAAUAAUGGCCUGGAACAUUCAUUUUGGCUGAAGGUGGGAUUUGUCCAUUCUGGAGUGGCAGCCUCUGUGAUGGUGUACUUGGCCUCAGACGGUUCGUGGUCUGGAGAGCAGUGUCGGCAGACAGUCACCAUUCUCCUAUCUGAUGAUAAUGGCAAAAACCACUCAAUAGGAACGCAUGAACUCUCCUGCCAUCGGAACCCGCUGGUGGUGAAUGUGACCCAUGACCUGUCGCAGCCCUUCUUCCUCACGUGCUCCAUCAUCCUCCUCUUCUCCUCCCCCUCCGUGGCCGUGAGAGGGGUCGCUCUGAGGACUUCGUGCCACUUCAGCACCUUCGCCCUGACCGGCUGUAUGCGACAGCCGUGUCGGAUGGAUGGCUGCACUUCUCCACAGAUAACCAACGCCACUGUCAGGUGCACGGGAGGUGGUGAAGGCUUACGCUGCUUUGUUCAGUGUCAGAAGGGUUUCAGUAUCACUGUCCUCAACGGCAGGAGGACCCCACACACUCAGAGAACAACAGAGCUGGAGUGCUUUCAUGGUUCAUGGGAUCGCGUAGUCAGCUGUCAGCCUGUAGAUUGCGGCCCGCCUGAUCAGUCUCAUGUCUUUCACGCUAUAUUCAGCUGCCCAGAGGGAACAAGCUUUGGCAAAGAGUGCUCCUUCACUUGUGGAUCGCCAGCCAUACUACAAGGUAACAAUGAUAGGUUGGUCUGUUUGGAGGAUGGCCUGUGGUCUUUCCCAGAAGCUUACUGCAAGAUAGAGUGUCCAGAGGUUCCAAACAUACUUAACGCCAGACUGCUUACAGCAAACUGUCUGGCUUCAGGGCAUGAUGUUGGCUCCAUCUGCCACUACAAAUGCAAACCAGGCUUUUAUGUAUUAUGGAGCCUCAAAAAGAAGACGCCAAGGAAGUACUUCAGGUUGGAAUGCCGAGAUGGAGGGCAGUGGGAGGAAAAUGGCUGCGAGCCGAUAAACUGCCCAGCCCUGCCUGACGUGUUUCAAGGCAUGUACACCUGCACCAACGGCUUGUACUACAACACCGUCUGCACCCUGAAGUGCCCAAACACCACGGAAAAUAGAGAAAUUCGAUGCACUAAGGACGGCAAGUGGACAGGAGAGUUCACGAUGUGCUCGUCGGUGCAGGAAACCUGCUCGUCUCCUCCAGACCUCAACUCUGUCGAGUACAGCUGUGAGCAGGGACUGGACAUCGGUUCUGUGUGCUACCCAACAUGCGUUGUUGCGCUGGGCAUGGACCUGCACGACCCCGUGGUCCUUCCCAACGGCACUACUGCAGAAACUUUGAAGCACUGGAUGCUGCCCACCAAAGUCCAGAGGAUAAUCUGCACCGGGUUGAUGAAGUGGUAUCCUGAUCCUCAGAGCGUCCACUGCAUCCAGUCGUGUGAGCCUUUUGGAGGGGAUGGCUGGUGUGACACCAUCAACAACAGGGCGUACUGCCAGUACGACGGGGGGGACUGCUGCCCGUCCACGCUCUCCACCAGAAAGGUGAUUCAGUUCGGGGUGGAUUGCAGCGAGGACGAGUGCACUUGCCGCGAUCCGGACGCCGAGGAGAACAAGAGCAAAGUCAAACACUCGGACAGAGGAAGUGGAGCUGGAGCAGGAAUGCAAUAAGAUGGAGGGAUAAAAGAAGCUGAACUUCUGUUAAAAAAAACAAAACAAACCACAGAAUAUACUCCACAACAAACAAAAAAUAUCAGAAUUGUACCGUUUUGUAAAACAAAAGAAUGCGAUUGAAGUCAGACUUUAUACAGUACAAUAAAAAAGGCUGUUUUUAUUUCAUUAUAAGAUAUUUUAUUGUUAAAUUGCAUCAAAUAUGAGUCAUGUUGGUUUAAAACUUUACGUCAUGUGUUGAGUCCAGAAAAAUAACAUCCACACAUGGAUACAAUUGUGUUUUUGCUGUUAAGAAGUUAAAGGUUAUCUUCACUGUAGGGGUAGAACAUGUUUUGAGGAUCAGAGCCUAACUGACUGCAGCUCCUCUCUUCCAGAAAUCAUCUCCUCAUAAUUAGAUUAUUUCACUUUUGUGAAUGAACCCAAGGAGCAUUCUGGGCCACAGACUCUUAGGCUUGGAUCAACAACUGCCCAGUCCAUGCAGAAUCCUAGCACUGAGGGCUACCGGGGAAAAGCAUUAUUACUAUAGUGGUAGGGCUGGGCGAUAUGGACCAAAAGUCAUAUCUCGAUAUUUUCUAGCUAAAUGGCGAUACUCGAUAUAUAUCUCGAUAUUUUUUCUGUGCCUUAAUUGGGGUUUCCCCCAAAGCAUUAUAGCAUAGCAUCUCUGUUAGCUUCAUUUUUUUCUGAGGCAAACCCUUAAAAAAACAGUCAGUUUUAAUACAAAGCCUCGUGCCAAAUGUCACACAGGUUCCUUUAUUAACAGAGGUCUGCACAAUAUCAAAAUGUAUAAAACAAAUUAAAUAAAAAUAAACUGCCUGCAUAUAUAGAAU